UUUGUGGCGGAGCUGGUGGAGUUUGGGAGGAAAAGGGUACCUCGGGAGUAUUGGAGGGAGACUGAAAUUAGGCUAAUGGCAACUGCUGGUUUGAGGAUGUUGGAGAAAGGAGUUCAAGAUAGGAUUUUGGAGGCUUGCCGAACCGUGUUGAGGGGCUCCGGUUUCAGGUUUUACGAUGAUUGGGCUUCCGUUAUUUCCGGUUCUGAUGAAGGUGUAUAUGCCUGGGUCGUUGCUAAUUAUGCCCUUGGCACUCUAGGAGGUGAUCCUAAGCAAACAACUGGUAUUAUUGAACUUGGAGGUGCUUCAGCUCAGGUUGUGAAUUUAUUUUCAAUUGUUAGGUUCUUCUAUAGUUAAGACAUGCUCAUAUUCACUGACUUAUGUGGAACUCAUGUCUGAAUUUUUUCUAGUUAGUUGAGUAUUUCUUCUACUCAUAGGUGAAGCUUUUAGUGUAAUGAAUGGUGACUUCUUAUACAUUUGUAAUGCCAACUGAAACUGCAAACUAAGUAUUGUUAUUUUGGUUCUAAAUAUGAUGGGGCUCAAAUCUUUCCUUGUCGAAACUGCUAUAGUUAUUAUGAUUUUCUUCUAUAUUUGUUCAAGGAGUUGACAUGUAAAAUUUUUUUAAAAAAGGUGUUGACAUGUAUGAUGAAUCUUGUUAACAG